AGCUCACCUCGUUCAGGAUGUCCAAGUCGAAGAACCACACGAACCACAACCAGAACAAGAAGGCGCACAAGAACGGCCUGAAGAAGCCCGCAUCUACCCGGGAGCGUUACGCGAACCAGCGUGGUGUCGACCCCAAGUUCCGCCGCAACGCUCGCUACGCGUCGCAGGGCACCCAGAAGGUCGUCGCUGCCGAGCGCGCCGCCAAGGCCGCGUCGGCGUAAAGCGACUUUUGUGUACUCGACUCGACGAGAGGGUCGGCGACUGCCUGCCGCCCGCCGUCAUCGACCGCCGGUUGUGCAACAGACGCGUGGAGACUUGUGGCAUCAACGCCGUGCUGCUGCG